CAGAGAUGACCGUUUCUUCAAUUUUUGAGUCAGUCUGUUGGGUGUGGUUCAGGUUUUGAACCCCUUUAAUUCAUGGGGUUAAAUGAAUGCAUUACAAAUGCUAAAACUGAUGUGCAUUUAAACUUGGAAACCGAAAACCUAAUAUCCCCUGUGCUGGUGUCCCAUUUAAGCAUGAAAUCUCCUGCAAAAGUUUGUUGAUCAUUAAUCUGUGUUGAUUUAGGAAAUCCAAGUUGGAAUGGGUCCCGCAGGUGAGCUCCGUUACCCAUCAUACCCAGAGCAAAAUGGAACAUGGAAGUUUCCCGGAAUUGGAGCCUUUCAGUGUUUUGACAAGUACAUGCUCAGUCACUUAAAAGCUGCGGCAGAAGCUAAUGGGAAGCCAAAAUGGGGAAGUACGGGCCCUACGGAUGCUGGUGAAUAUAACAACUGGCCGGAGGAUACAAACUUUUUCCGAAAAGAAGGCGGUGGUUGGAAUUGUCCUUACGGUGAAUUCUUCCUCACCUGGUAUUCUCAGAUGCUUCUAGACCAUGGUGAAAGAAUAUUGUUAUCAGCCAAAUCAACUUUUGAGAAUACUGGCGUCAAAAUCUCAGUUAAGGUAGCAGGCAUUCACUGGCACUAUGGGUCUCGAUCUCAUGCCCCUGAGCUCACAGCAGGGUACUAUAACACUCGUUUUAGAGAUGGGUACCUUCCAAUUGCCCAAAUGUUAGCACGCCACGGUGCCAUAUUCAACUUCACGUGUAUUGAGAUGAGGGAUCAGGAACAGCCACAGGACGCCCAAUGUUUGCCGGAAAAACUGGUUAGGCAAGUGGCUUUGGCCACUCGGAAAGCUCAAGUCCCGCUUGCUGGGGAAAAUGCGCUGCCACGAUACGAUGAUUAUGCACAUGAACAGAUUUUACAAGCAUCCUCAUUGAAUAUUGAUGGUGAUUCGGGAGAAGAAGAUACAGAGAUGUGUGCGUUCACGUAUUUGAGAAUGAACCCGGAUUUGUUCCAGCCGGACAAUUGGAGACGGUUUGUGGGAUUUGUUAAGAAGAUGAGGGAAGGGAAGGGCAGUGAGAAGAGGUGUUUGGAGGAGGUGGAGCGGGAGGCCGAGCAUUUUGUGCAUGUGACUCAACCAUUGGUACAGGAAGUUGAUGUUGCUCUCAUGCACUAAAAGGAAGUUUUUAGGUUAGUUAUGUUGUUUCUGUACUCUUUUUAAGGCUAGUUAUCCAUACAAGGAUUAUAGUUUACGACAGUGUUGUAAUAAUGAUUAGGUCCAUGGACCUCUUUUAUAGCUUCUAUCUUGAUAUUGUUUGAACAAAA